AUGCUGGACCUGAAAAGCAAGACCGAAUAUUUGGCGCCCCUGGCCGCCGCCGCCGACCGCUCGCAGUUCUGCGCCCUGUACACGCGGCCGCGCUGGACGAUGCCCGCCAACUUCCUGGGCGUCACCCACGGGCGCUGGAUGGCGCCUGGAGGCAAGGAGGGCAACCCCGCCAGCACCAUCUGGCCGAACAACGGCUCGCUGAAGAUCCCCGCCGCCGCCGUGCUCAAGCACAGGCCCGUGCCUUUUUUGAUCCAUUAG